AUAGUUGAUGGAAGAGGUGCUGGAGUUUGUGGUGGAGCGCUUCAGAAAGUAGCGUCAAACUCUUGUGUGUGUUUUGCACCAACAAUAAUUAAUUUUGUUUGGGCAAAGACAGCAAUUUUUCGAAGUAAGCCCUUUGUCUGUCACAGUCGUUGGUGCAUGUGUUGUCGGCGUCCACUGUCUUCUUUAUUUUGACGCGAAUUCUAUAUUUAUUUAAGGUCAUAACCUAGUCUUCUGCUACAAAGGAUGGCAUCUAAUCCAGGGGGUUCUUCAGCUGAGGAGGAAGAGCAUACCAUACCUCGUGCAUCUAUUUACAGACUCAUUAAAGAAAUUUUACCAAGUAACACACGAGUUGCCAAUGAAUGUAGGGACCUAAUUGUCAAUUGUUGCUCUGAAUUUAUUCAUCACAUUGCAUCAGAGGCCAAUAAUAUUUGUAAUCAGCAACAAAAGAAAACCAUUAAUGCUGAUCAUGUUUUGCAAGCCCUUGAAAGACUUGGAUUUGCCGAUUACAAGGAUGAUGCUGAAGCUGUUUUAAGGGAUUGCAAAGCAGUUGCAGCCAAACGCAGACGUCAUAGCAACCGCCUUGAAAAUCUUGGAAUACCAGAAGAAGAAUUGUACCGGCGUCAACAAGAACUAUUUGCUAAGGCUCGUGCAGAACAAGCGGCCGAAGAACAACAGCAACAACAAUGGACCCAAAUCCAAGCAGCAGCUGCAGCACAACUUGCAAAGAGCCAAGCUAAUGAUAAUGACCAAGAUGAUUACUCAUAACAAAAGGUGCAUAUUGAAUCAGGCUGGGUCUUGAUAUCAUUACUGCAAUAUAUUGAACUGAAUUAAAAGAAGCAACAUUUUGUUUCAUAUUAUACUUA